AUCGGAAGGACAAGGUUCCAUCAACGAUGAAGAUUUUGGCGAUUCUAGCAGUGAUAGUAGCUAGUCUACAAGUGGUACACAGCAGUAAAAUUUUGUUUCUGGCUCCUUUCAAUGGGCCGAGUCAUUGGUUUAUGCUGAAGCAUUUCAUCCGGGAGCUUACUGAACGGGGGCACGAGGUUACCUGCUUAACUGCACUGAAAUUUGGCGCAAAACUCGACAACUACACGGAAGUGCUUAUCGAGCCUCCGUAUCCGCUGCAAGCAAGCUUUCCACUGUCGGAGUUAUAUAAUUCGCAGAGCUACAGCAGUGAUUUCAACAACCUGUUUUUGUACUGGCGACUAGGUUUGGCUACUAGUCGCCAUGGUUUUGAGACGGCAAAUGUACAGAACUUUUUGAAACGCGAUGACCUGCACUUCGACCUAGUAGUUUCCGAGCAAUUCUUCCAGGAAAGCUGGUUGAUGUUCGCUCAUAAGUACAAUGCGCCUAUCGUCACAAUCAGCACAUACGGAUACUCCGACUUCAUGGAUCGAGCGAUGGGAUUGCUCACUUCCUGGUCAUGUGUGCCCCACAUGCUGCUAGAUUACGAAUCCAAGAUGAAUUUCUUUCAGCGAGUUUACAAUGUCGUCCUAUCAACAGUCGACUACUUGGUAAGAGAGUACUAUUAUUUGCCUCAGAUGAAUAAAAUGGCGAAGGAGUUUUUCGGUGGAUUAGAGAAAAAACAAGGAUUUUUACCGUCGGUUCAGAGCUUGGAGAAAUCCAUUUCGGUUAUUCUGAUCAACAGUCAUCCUACGUUAGCUAAACCGCGCCCAAAAAUGAUCACCCUCGUGGAUAUAGCCGGAGCGCACAUCAGACCACCCAAACCACUACCACAUGAGAUGAAACGUUUCAUGGAUGAGGCAAAACACGGUGUCAUUUACUUUUCCCUAGGUGCCUACAUGCAAAGCUCCGCAAUGCCUGUCGAAAAACGACUCAUUCUAUUGAAAGUGUUUUCAAAACUCAAACAACGUGUUAUAUGGAAAUUCGAAACCGACCAGAUAGAGAAUGUACCUGAUAAUGUUAUGAUCACCAAAUGGGCUCCCCAGAACGAUAUUCUGGCUCACGAAAAAGUUGUCCUGUUUAUAUCGCAUGGGGGACAAUUUGGAACCUUCGAGUCUAUGUAUCACGGAGUACCAACAUUAUUUAUUCCGUUUUUCGGCGAUCAACAUCGUAAUGCUAUUCGAGCAGUUCGCAGCGGAUAUGCGGCAAAGAUUCUGUUUGCUGACAUCACUGAGGAGUCAAUCCAUGCUCUCAUACUGGAGCUGACCGAAAGUAACAGACAAUACUAUCGACGAGCGAAAGAGAUUUCCUUCUUGUUCCGCGACACGAUUGCGAACCCGAUGAACGAAUCUAUCUUCUGGAUGGAGUAUGUUAUUCGCCAUAAAGGAGCCCCCCACUUGAAGUUCAAUGGCGUCAAUUAUUCAGUUGUUGAGUAUUUGCUGCUGGAUUUGAUUGCUUGUGUGCUGUUAGGAGUGGUUAUUGUGAUAGGUGUCGUGCGAUUAUUUUGUCGGCGGAAAGCAAACAAAACAUCUGAUAAGCAAAAGAAAUAUGAGUGAAACGAUACACUGUACAAAAACAACGAGGAGAAAUAAAAAGCUGAAAAACGCGAUUAUAAAAUAUAGUAGACAAAGUUGUCAUAUCAAUUAUAUGAGACAUCAAUUACCAGUGUACAUGUGUUCUAAAUCAACAGUUGAGUUAUAAACCGCUUCACUACUUUUUUUAAUUGCUGAACUGCUUAAACAGGAAACCUAAGUGGCACUCUCUGAUUAGACAGUGCAGCAUUUUUUGUUGUGGUUGACUUUUUAUAUAUUAUGAUGCAAAAAUGUAAUUUGGAGCACAAAAGUUGCUCGGUGAGAAUUGAUUUAAACGAAUUUUGAAUUUAGAUCAGUACUUGGGCGAUGUAGGUGUUGAUUCUAGGAUAGUUUUAGCAUGAUUUAAGCCAAUAAAAAUAAGACAAGAAA